CAUUCAGCCAGACAGUCAGGCACCCAGAGACAGACAGAGUAAAGCUCAGUGGCAGCAGGCAGCUUCCCAGGGCCUGGGCUGCCGGCUCCUCUACUCCUUCUCCAAGCUCAAAGCUCCAUGAGGAGGUUCAUCAACAUGGUGUUAAGCAGCCUGGUCAGCGUCUCCAAGGGCAGGCCCUGGCUGCAGAAGAGAGCACGGAUGCAGCGGAAAGAGGAGGGGAAAUCGAAGGCGUCACACAGAACGACUAAGAUGAUUCUGACCGUAUUCCUAAGUGAUAAUCAGCAGCUGCUGACAGAGGUGCCCAUCACUCCAGAGACGAUUUGUAAGGAUGUGGUGGAAUUCUGUAAGGAAGCUGGAGAGAGCAGCUGUCACCUUGCUGAAUCAUGGAGAGGCAAAGAGAGAGCCAUCCCUUUUGAUCAGCUGAUGUUUGAGUACCUACAGAAAUGGGGUCAGAGGUGUCAGGAAGUAAAGUUCUUCUUGCGUCAUGAGGAUUCGCCAAUCACAAACAUUAGUCAAGGAGGUCCGAUUUCCGAGCAGACCAACAGGAAGUGCAGAGAGAAUGCGGACAAGCCCUGCGAGAAAGGGGUAGGGAAUCCAUGUGUGGAGUUGACGCUGUCAGAGCUGCAGGAGAUGGCAAUGCGACAGCAGCAGCAGAUCGAAGCACAGCAGCAGAUGCUGAUGGCAAAGGAGCAGCGUUUACGGUAUCUGAAGCAGCAGGAUCACCAUCAGGGCCAGUCUGUGUCUGAAAGCGAGAAGCUGCAGAGGUUGAGAGAAAGAGUUGACAGUCAGGAAGCCAAACUAAAGAAGGUCCGUGCCAUGAGGGGCCAAGUGGACUACACCAAGCUCAUAAACGGCAACCUCUCUGCAGAAAUUGAGCAUGUUAGCAGCCUGUUCCAAGAAAAGCAGGCAGAGCUGCAGUCAGCCAUGCUAAAGGUUGAUCAGCUCACACAGCAGCUUGAUGAUCUGCGACGGGGGCGUCUCAAUGGCCUGCAGCCUCUGGGGGGUCCGGUGACUGGCAAUGCUGCACUGGAACUACGCAAACUCUACCAAGAAUUGCAAAUCAGGAACAAGUUAAAUCAGGAACAGAACAGCAAGCUACAGCAACACAAGGAUAUACUUAACAAGCGUAACAUGGAGGUGACCAUGAUGGACAAGCGUAUCGGGGACCUCAGACAGCGUCUCUACAAGAAAAAAGCAGAGCUUGGCCGAAUGAGUGGCCCUCCCUCCCCUCAGCCAACCUCAGGCAGCUCUGGCCGGGUGGCAGCAGUCUGUCCCUACAUCCAGGUCCCAGUGCCCGGGCGACCGGAAGGAGGCUACAAUUUACCUCCUGAUCCCCUGAAGACACAGUCUCUCACUGCUCCUUCUACAAUCAACCAUCCUCGGUCCAAGUCAGAGGAAGACAGGGUGAAGAUGCCUGCAGGCCAAUGGAAGGUCUCAGACUUAGACAUCAUAGUGGACCCUCUGGUGUCAUCAUCAGACCCUAAAGAGGGACCAGAGUCCCCUACAGACUCCAACUGUACCUCUACUAAUAAUGCAAACUGGCCCUCCUUCAGCAAUAGUAGGGUUCUUCUGAAACCACCAGACUGGAAGGACACAAGUCAAGAUCCCACCAGCAAGAUGGGUACCUCAGACAAGGAAGCCCCUAAACUGUUAGGCACAGUAACAGCAUUGUCUAAACAGCCUCCACCCAUCUAUGGCACCUAUCCCAGUACAGGCCAUCACUCCACAGUUUGUGCCACCAGCUCUUUGCCCCGGUCUGCUCCUGGCAACUUAGCCUGGCAGAGAGCACCCCCUGCUGCUUGUUCCUCCUCACAGCAGAUUCAACAUCGGAUAACGGUGCCACCCAGCCCCACACCGGGGUCAGCUCUUUUCCCUCAGGGUGAGAGGACAGAGCCUCCUCUUGCUGUGGCAGUGCGUCCCUUUAUUCCAGACAGAGGGUCCCGGCCUCAGUCUCCAAGGAAGGGACCUGCAACUAUGAACUCCAGCUCCAUUUACAACAUGUACCUGCAUCAGUCUACAUCCAAAAACUACUCCAGCAGUAGCAGAGCUGCUGUCAAAGCAGUAUACGGAAAGCCAGUUCUACCAGGCUCCACCUCUCCCUCCCCAGUUCCCCCCUACCAGUCCUCCAGAGAUGAAGUAGACAGGGAAGCUGACCAAGAGAGUGCUCCCCUCCCUCCGCCCAGUGUGGAGAACAUCCCUCGCCCUCUCAGCCCUACCAAACUGACUCCUGUGGCCCACUCCCCUCUCCGUUACCAAAGCGACAUAGACCUGGAGGUGCUGAGAAGAAAAUUAGCCAAUGCUCCUCGACCAUUGAAGAAGCGAAGCUCCAUCACAGAGCCAGAAGGACCAACUGGGCCUAACAUUCAGAAGCUUCUAUAUCAGCGCUUUAACACCCUUGCAGGUGGCAUUGAGGGUGGAGUGAGUGGUACACCCUUCUACCAGCCUGACAGUCCUCUUAGCUACAUGGUCACAGCCCUGGGUGAUGUGGACACUGCCAAUGGGAACCAAAUGGAGUUUAACAUGUUAGCUGGACCUUCAACAGAGAUGACCAUCCCAGACCCUCCUACCACCUCUUCCACAUCACCUACAGUGGAUGACAAUGAAAACCAGCUGAUGCAUACAUCCACAGAAUCAGACGGAACCCAGUCUGCUAAUGCCUCAGGCCCUUCAAACAAGGACACCCCUGAGGACAAUCAUAACAACAACCACACCAGUGUUACAGACACACAACAUAGCCCUGCACCAGAAGCCCACUCCCCUGCAGAGCAGGACACCACAACACAGUCAGACUCUUCUACAUGUGCGCCAAUGGUCAAGCGCACCAACCUGAAGAAGCUGGGUUCUGAGCGGACCGGUCACGGCUUGAGGGUGAAAUUCAAUCCUCUUGCACUGCUUUUGGAUGCAUCUCUUGAGGGCGAAUUUGACUUGGUGCAAAGGAUCAUCUAUGAGGUGGAAAAUCCCAGCACUCCAAAUGAUGAGGGUAUCACUCCCCUCCAUAACUCAGUUUGUGCAGGUCACCACCAUAUUGUUAAGUUCCUGCUGGACUUUGGGGUCAAUGUCAAUGCAGCAGACAGUGACGGGUGGACGCCCCUGCACUGCGCAGCCUCAUGCAACAAUGUUCAUCUAUGCAAGCUGCUGGUGGAGUCUGGAGCAGCCAUUUUUGCCACUACAAUCAGUGAUGUAGAGACUGCAGCGAACAAGUGUGAAGAGAUGGAGGAGGGUUACAUCCAAUGCUCUCAGUUUCUAUAUGGUGUGCAAGAGAAGCUGGGCGUAAUGAAUAAAGGGACAGUUUAUGCCCUGUGGGACUAUGAAGCUCAGAGUGCAGAUGAGCUGUCCUUCCGUGAGGGUGACGCUCUCACUGUGAUGAGCCGCAGAGAUGACAGUGAGACAGAGUGGUGGUGGGCCAGGUUUAACGACAAGGAGGGCUAUGUACCACGCAAUUUAUUAGGGCUGUAUCCUAGAAUCAAACCCAGGCAACGUUCCUUGGCAUAGGCGGCCAAAAGAGACAGUACAAGCUCCUGUAUCAGCACUUGGCAUGAAGCUGCACAAUGGCACUCUGCCCUGUCUUGGCCAUCACAACACGGAGCCCAGAGGGGUGGCAAGAUGAUGGAGCACGUCUGGAGUUAGACAAGAUGUUUACCCAAGAGUGGGGAAAUCAGUGGUCUUCCUUUUGUAUCUCAGAUUGUAUUCGUCACUUUGAUGUGUUGUUUUUGCCGUGUCCCUCUUACCCAUAUCCCUGUUGAGGAACAUGAUAGCUUCUCUCUCCACUCCCAAAGUGUAAACCUUCCGAGUAUGUGGGUGCAUGUAAGUUGGAUGUGACUGUCAGAGUGUGACGGGUAUGUGAUGAAAACAGUUGGCGGCAGAGUGUGCAAUCUAGGAUUUCAAUGUUUGUUCUCUGUGGAUAUUGUCAGUUUUGAAGAGGAGUCUAUAGGAACUGAUUUUUCAUUUCCCACAGUUUAGAAGUUGCUGAUUCAGGGUAAAGGAAGGAAGGUGCCAGAAAGUGUUUAAAAGAGGCCUUGAGGCAGGUCAAGCUGCUAAUGGAUAUAAGGAAGUGGCCUGGUCUGAAAACGUGUAUAUUUUUGUAUGUGGAGGAUUAUGUGGGACUGAGGAGAUGAAACUGUGUAGUCAUGAUUGAGGAACUAAAUUUUAAGAGGAUGCAUAAAGAAAAGUGAUGACAAAUAAACCAUUGCAGUGGUGGUUUUUCCAUUUAACAUGGGGAUAUUGGCAACCUAUUACAUACAUCUUCUGUAUAUUUCUAUGCUUCUUUUAAGUUAGGCUUUAUUUUUUCAUAUGCUACAUUAACUUUUUCCUCUAAAAAAAAAAAAAUUCUCCAAAAAGCUUGAUACAAUAUGGCUGUCAAAACAGGUAGACUCUGCCUUGUGUUUGUGCUGCCAUACAAGAGCCAUUUAUGCAACAUGCCAUGUAUAUGUGCACAAUAAAAUUUCCACAUUGGGACAAACUCA